UGAGUUACAGCCCGAUGAAACGGCAACACUGGAGUACCUCUACGCGAGUACUAGGCAGGGUAAUCGGUCACAACUGAUUACGGGACAACCUACAACUAAAGUCAAACCGCUAUAACAGUCCGGAAUUCGGGAUCGUGGACGAAAAUAUGUCCCGUUUGGGGUGUUCUUCGUGGCCAAAAUGAUACAUUAUGUGACCGUAACGUUGGUGUUUCUGAGCAUGAACGCGCUGGCCAAGGAACUCGCCUUGUUACAAGUCGUACUCUAUGAACCACUAGAUAAUGGUGACUAUACCUCACGAAGUUACGAGUUGGAGGCCCACUUCUCACCGGCUGGGGCUAAAAUCAGCGCCGAGGGAGACAUUGCACAGAUGCACCCUCUGGGUUUAUGUAAUAACAGCGAUGAUGAUAAACUGUUCGACUACGGUUGGGUGGGUGUAGUCAAACUUGACUCGCCUUUAUUAGAACCACGCCCUUGCUUAACUGUCUUCGGAAAAGCAAAACGUGCUAUUCUGAGAGGUGCUACAGCCGUUAUCUUUGAUAUUACUGAUGAUCCAUCCGCCGCCGAACAGUUGAACAAAUUAGGAGCUGAGAAACCCCUGGAUCGUCCAAUUAUAAUAAUUCGAGGUGAAUCGGCUUUUACGUUGAUGAACAUCGUUAGUAAACAACGCGUAGCUAGAGCCAGGAUUCAGUAUACAGUACCGUCUCUCAGUUCGCAGAGACGGAAUUCCAAUGAGUAUUUUAAUAUGGGAAUUUUUAUGGCGUUUUUUGUCUUGAUUUCAAUAAUAUGUUUAUUACUUUUAUUAAAAAUAAAAUGGAAACAGAGGCGGAAACAGACAUCAUUAACGAGACUAGCUGAAUACGCCGUAUCCAAAAUGGAAACUAGAAAAUUUAGAAAGUCUGAAUUGCGGAUGAGCGGGAGCCUUUCAAAUUACAGCCGCGAGAGCUGGAGUAUAAACUCGGAUUCUUAUAUCUGUGCUAUAUGUUUGGAACAAUUCAAAGACGGUGAUGAAUUACGGGUUGUGUCUUGUUCCCAUGAAUUCCAUAGACACUGCGUAGAUCCCUGGUUAAUCAAGAACAGGACGUGUCCUUUGUGCCUUCAUAACAUAAUAGAGUAUCCCUCCACUGCUAGUGCCUUAUCAGCAAACGAGGCUGGGUCACAACAUUCUGGUGGGUCCCACCGAAGAAGUUUUUUUAAUCUCAGGUUACCAAGGCGACAACAGUCUUCUUCAAGAUCCAUGUCUUCUGCAAAUGCUAUACAAGGGACUAAUAUUGUGUGUGCCUCAAGAAACAAUAAUGAAACGAACGUUAGAGACCAGGAUUUUAUCAGACGCCAUCCAUUGAAUCUAAAUAAUGACCGAACUGCGUCAGCGUGCUGUCGAAAUGAUUUACCAAACAGAAAUUGGAAUUACUGUCCACAUGUGAUUUCAGCCAACCACAGACAAUGUCACACACGCUCUUACUAUGAUCACCAUGGCAACUGGCUCCGACACCAGCAGGAACCGAUGGUGAUUGAUGAAUAUCAGCACCGAAUAGUUCCGGUCAUUGUGCAGGUUCGUAAACCGACGGAUGCUUGCUCUAGUGGAUAUGAUGCAAGUGUGAGUAAUAAUAUGGAUGCUUCGUCAUCGUCAAGUAGUUUGUCAGCACCUUGGUGCGAGGAAACGACAACCACAGACCCAGGUAGUAAUCAAAGUGUCUACGGCAGCUCGUCAACAUUUCGCAGCGAUCCACACAGCGUUGAUGCGUUAGUUUAUUCUCGAAGAACUUCAGAUCCUGAAGGCAGGUACAUAUCUAACUCCAUGGAGAAUCUCUCGGCAGCGCGGUUAACGCCCACGUGUAUGCUCCGCAACAAUAAACCAUACGUAUCUGCAAAAAUUAAGGAAAAUAAUGGCAUGACGGCUAGUCAUUCUACAGACAGCAUUACAAACUGUGAAAAGAAGCCAUGUGAGCUUCCUUCUAACUUAAAUCUCAGGCAUACAUUUACAAGUACGGGCCAGUGUAUGGCUUGUACGCAGUUGCUACGGCUACCAGACAGUAUCCACAUUAAGCAAGAACAAUUAGGAGCAAAGCGGAAAAAAGAGGAGUGCCAUAAGGAAAGUAGAAAUGUCACCAAGGUGAAAAAAGGAACGAGAAAGUCUUCUCAAGUACGAAAUCAUUCUACAUCUUCCAAGGGACGUGUUCGAUGUCAAACUUCUAGAAAUAAUUGUUAUUCAGGUUCCCGGCCAACAUCACUUAUGCAGUCACUUGUGCUUUAUACGAACCAAGACGGUCAGGUGCUCACGGUGCCAGGUCAUUCCGAUCAACUGAGGCACUUAGAGGAUAUGAUUUGAUUUGGUGACGAGUGAUGAAUUAUUUAAAGAUGGCAUGACUCGAACAUGAUAAUCACUUGAAAAAUCUAGAAAAUAUGAACAUGCGUGGAAAAUGCUGAAUCGUCCCGAACACUUGCAAUAUGUAGGAAACUGAGGCUUUGUAAACAACGUGAAAUAUCGGCUUAACGAAGUAUGUGUAAACAGCCAGGAAUUGUGGGUACAUGAAUAGAUUAUGUCAAGUGUUAUUAUUUAAACAUAAGGAACACAGUCAACAUUGCAAGUGUUGAGUUUUCUAAGAACAAUUUUGUUAGUUUU